AUGGAUCGGUCAUCCAUUCUUUACGCAAACUCGGAUGCUACAGUCAUCCUGGUAGACAUCCCCUGUUCCAUUGAAUCAGCCCAAGAACCAGAGAACCGGAAUCCCACCCACUACCUCCUCUCAUCAGCAGCACCCCUCCAACCCUUUCCCUCCACAGAACCCAAGUCCGCCAAAGCCAAAGCUCGCUUAGGAGUAAGCGAACCCUCUUUAAGCGACCAGCUCCUACGACGACAUCUGGAGCUCGCUCUCCAAGACGUCCGGGAGAAUUAUACUGGGCCAUGGUGCCGGCCCAGAUACACAUCUACCCACCCAUCGCUUAUGAGGAAGCGGAAACGCGAGCAGUUCAAGUCCAGUCCAGACGGGGAGAGGAAUCGUGCAGCGAAAUCGAUUGGGUUUACUCGUGAAAAAUGGCAUUCGUGUGUUCCAGCGGCUUGCCAGUAUGCCUCAGACGUGGACCGCGAAAUAUCGCCGCUGGUUUGUGGCCACGGUCCGAUUUCGUGUGCUCACGUGUCACCAUCUCGGUCUGGUGCUUAUAGUGUCUCAUUAAAAUCGUAUGGAUGCUCUGAUACUUCCCGAACCCACGGUCGCUUUGCGAUUUCUCCAGAGGAAAAAGUGCAAUGUGCGUCCGUGGGCGAGGCUUUCAGUCUCCCGCCUGGAUCUAGGUACAUUUCAGGAACCAUCGAAGCCACGAACGAGACGUUCAAAUUCUCCGCGCCAAAAUUCGAUCUCGUAGUGAUAGAUCCUCCCUGGCCCAACAAAUCCGCCCUUCGCAAACGCGCAUACACCACCGCUCCUACCACCCCUUCCAUCAAACACCUUCUCUCUCUUCUCCCACUUCCCCUCCAUCUCACAGACACCAGCCUAGUCGCCAUAUGGAUAACCAACAAGCCCGCCUUCCGCGCUCUCGUCCUCGACCCCACCGGUCUGUUCGACGCCUGGGGCGUCACGCUCGUCGAGGAGUGGGUAUGGCUGAAAACUACCCUUUCCGGGGACCCGAUCCAGGCUUUAGAUUCUGCAUGGAGGAAGCCGUGGGAGGUUUUGCUUGUGGGAAAACGGGGUGUUCAUAGGGAUUUCAAGGUGAAGAGAAGAGUUGUCAUUGCAGUCCCAGAUUUGCAUUCAAGGAAGCCGUGCUUGAAGAUGGUGCUUGACGCUAUUUUGAAAGUCCAGCCGGAAGGUGGAGGCGCAAGUGAGAGUGGCAGUGUGAUCGAGGGGUUGAAGGACAAGUAUCAAGGCCUGGAAAUUUUCGCUAGGAAUCUGACAAGUGGGUGGUGGAGCUGGGGGGAUGAGGUUUUGAAGUUUCAGGAUAAGAAUUGUUGGAUUGGAAAAGAGGAGGCCGCGAUGCUUCUUGACGAGCAGGAACAAGAGAAGGAAGCCAUGAGAGACGGAGAAAAAGAUGAAAAGCCAGAUAACAAUUGA